AUGACCAAAGCAUUCAAAGAAUCGCCGCAUCCUGACGAGAAGCAGCGGCAGCAGCUCAGCGAACAGCUCGGCCUCUCUGCAAGCCAAGUGAAGUUUUGGUUCCAGAACCGGCGAUGUCAGACCAAGGUAACUGAGGAGCGGCAUGAGAACUCGCUGCUCAAGCCCGAGCUGGAGAAGCUCCGGGAGGAGAACCGCGUCAUGCGAGAGCUCAUCAAGAAAUCCUUACGCAGCCAAGGGCAGCUGCUGCGCCUGGAGAACGCCAAGCUCAAAGCCUAG